AUGUAUCAAAGGUUAGAUGAUAUUGUUGAGAACAUAGGCAUUUUUGUAUGUUUUAUGACGCCAAUAAAUCAAGUUUCAAAAGAAUGUCAAGAACAAGUUAAAUUUGCUAAAACUAAACGAAUACCUAUUAUUGCCUGUCGUCUUUUACCCGAUUGGAAAUCAUCUGGUUGGCUUAAUCAACCAACAUUAUUAGAUGAUCCAAAUAUGUUAUGUUUAGUUGAAUAUUUUAAUUCGAAUUGUAUGAAAAAAAAACCAUAUAAACAUCGAAUACUUCCAAAAUCUUAUCGUUUAUCAUUAUCAAAUCUAAUGAUUGGUACUAAAGAAUAUACAUUAAUACAUGCAAAUAAUCAUUUACAUUUAUUUGAUGGAAAUUUAAAAUAUAUUCGAUCAAAUAAUGAGCGAAAAAUUCAGCAACAGUGUGGGAGUGGGAUGUGGGUGUAGGUCUUUUGUUCGGCACAUCCCCAUCCACCCACAGCCAAGCACAGCCACAUCCAUAGCCAUACCCACAGCCUCACCCACAUUCUCACCCACACCCGCACCCUACACCCCCGCACUCUACAUCCACACCCAUACCCCGAGAGAAUAAUUCUAUGUUUAUCUUUUUCGAUCUUUCAAUCAGAUAUCACUGAAUGUGAUAUUAAUAAUGUCAUUUAACAUACAAGCAUUUACCAAAAUGUCACCAUAAAACUCGUUGGAUAAUCUUCAUAUUAAGCGUAGAUCGUCGAGAAAGUUAAAAAACUAAGUCUGUAGUUACAAUAAAAUUGUUUUUUUUCGAACAAGACAAAUACAACAUUAUUGAGGGUAUGGGUGUAACACGAUAGAAUACAAACUCAACCAUACCCUGAUAUUGCUAGAGUCCUGUUAGAAAGCAGGUAAACUUUUACAUUGAUCAUUAUCGCAAAGAAAAAACACAAUGUUUUUGCUUCUCCUUAAUGUCAUGGAGAAGAAAGCAAAAAGACUUCUUUUUGCGACAUGAAGAGAAAAGCAUAUUUUUUGCAUUAGAGCGUGAUGAAGAAGAAAGAAAAAUGAGUUUCUUUGUUUUUUCUGCAGUUAGUGUCCCACAGAAGAGUGUGAUUUAUUUUUUCCGACUCAAUGGUGUUGUGAAAGAGAAAUUGGCGAGAAUAUAACGAGCGUCUCAAAAGUGAUAAUCACUUCCGAACUGUGCAUUAUCGAGUAUUUUCUUUGUUUUUUAAUAAAGACGAAGUGCACGAAUAUUCUUCAAAAGUAAUACCUUUGAAUUCAACACAAUAAUUUAGAUGUUUUAAUAUUUCAAAAAAACUUAUAGAGCUCUUUUACGAUUGAUUUUAGACAUUUAGCUUGAAAUGACCCCAUAGAUUGAAGUCUAGUGAUCGAAAAGCCCAUUCUAUUGGGCCAUUUCUUUCGAUUUACUUAUCAUCGAUGAUGAAAUACUAACCCCAGACAAUUAUUUAGAAUUCCUUUUAUCUGAUUUUACAGAAGAAACGAUUGAAUAACUCCAUCAUUUUCUAGUAAUAUAGAGCAGCGACUUAUGUCUCGAAGUUGAUUCGUGUAUGGCUGAACAAAACCUUUCAUAACAGAUGAAUAGGAAGAAAUGGUUCAAUAGAAUGGGCUUCUCGAUCACUAGACUUCUAUCUAUAGGGUCAUUUCAAGCUAAAUGUCUACAAAAAAUCGAUGUAAUAAAAAUAAAACAUUCUUUUCGUGUUGUUCUUUGAUGAAACUUCAAAACAUCUAAAUUGUUGUAUUGUAGUGAAAGAUAUUACUUUUGAAGAGUAUAUGUGAAAUUCGUCUUUAUUAAAAACAAUUGCUGGCUUUCUCAAUUCCAAAUAAAAAGAAAAAAAUUAGCUAAAGCUUGAUUAUGAGCCGACUUAUACGCAGUUCGGAAGUAAUCUUGACUGUUGGAACACUCGGUAAUUUAACACAAUAUUUGAAAGGUGUGUGUGUGGGGUGUGCGUUUGCGUGUGGGAUUCAAUGUGUGCGGUCGGCUACGGGUUAAUGAAAGACGGUAACACCAACACUUGCACCCACACUCACUCACACCCACACCCUUUAUAACAAGAGGAAAGAUUAUUGUUUUACUAAAAAAACAUAUCGAUAUAAUGUCUCGUUUGUAAAUCGCCAAAACUUAUGCUAAAAACAGAGCCAUACGAUAGGACUUGAAGAUAUAAAGUUCAAUAAACUCCAAGAAUAUUUCCAUUUGAAAGAAUAGGUAUGAUCGGUAAUGAAUAGAGUGAAACCAUCGCUUGAUUCCAUUUGUUCUAGAAUCAUUAUUCACCAAAGCCUUGCAUCGGUAUUUUUACAUGUUUCUGACUCUGUGGAUAUAAGUAUUAUUUCGAAAGUUUGAUUUUACAGUAAUAUCGAGAAGAUUUGAACAAUGGUGUGACUUCUAACUUUUUCAGCAGUAUUCACUGGAGUUUUUGAUUUACAUUGAUUUAUUUUGGAGUUAGUGAAAACCUACUUAUGAAAUUAAUCAAAGUGCGUCAUUUCGUAUUUGCUGAUCGGUAUUUCUUCUGCGCAAAUGGAAUCAACACUUGAAGUAUUCUUAGUGUCAACACGUUGUUUUUCAUUUUACAAAAAGCUAACGAGCAACUAUAUGCAUUGAAUCAGUGUCUUUCUUUCUGUUUGUAGAUUAUUCACUUGAUCAUUACAUAAAGUUUCAAGAAAAAAAUAAUGUCUCACAUGAAACAUCGCGCCGAUUGAAAUAAAACACUGUGUUUGUCGCUGAUUCAUCAGUGCGCAAUUGAAAGCAGUCCGUUCCUUUUAGAUGAAAUAUAUGUUUGCAUAGAAAUAUUUGUCAUUCAUUGCUUUCAAUGUUAGAAGAAGUCGAAUUCUAAAUUCAAUUUUGAUAUUGGAACAAACCAAGCCAAACUGACUAUUACGGCUAUGAUUAUCAUAUUUCAAUUCAGUCAAGCGUAUUAGGAUUAAUUGAAUGAUUUGUGUUACUUCAAUUUUAUAAUAGGAAUGUGAUGAGGAUUUCUCGAUUGAAAAAAUGAUAAACAUUUCUAACAUCAUAGAAGCAUUAAAGCAUCUAUUUUAUAACUGAGCUUUAUUCAGCAUCACUCGCUUCGUAACUGUUGAAUAUCGUCAAUAUUCCUCAUAGUAGUAACAUGAAAACAAAUAAUUAUUUUGAAUUGUGAUGAUAUGGUAAAAUGCUUCGCUUUUUUUUUUGACGUAGACCAGUAGCUUUCGAUUAUAUAGCUUUAAACGUUGAUAAAUUUACAGCUGAGAGUUAGCAAACUAAAAUAUUUUGAAUAUUAUUACAACGAUUAAAAAGGCAUGCAGUCGGCGUUCACAUUUUAUGCUACAAUAAUUAUCGUCGAUGGAGUUCGAAUAUUUGCCACCAACUGCAUCUGCUAUUAUUCGUAUUUAAUAUUCAAACGAAUGAAAUAAGCAAAUAUACAGCGAUUGGUGGCAAUCAGACAUAUCACACUAGCCCAGGAGCACUCUCUGAAUAGAGAGUGGUAGCUGAGCUGCUAUAUAGUAUGACAUGAACUGAAAGCCGAUGUAUAUAUCCAGAACUAAAAAGUUCUGGAAAUUACGAAGAAAGCUUGGUGGAAUAGCUCGGAUUCGAACCGAGAUCUUCCGAACUGCUAGUCGGACGUGUUUCCAAUACACUACAACCCGAAGAAAUAGAAAAUCAGAGACUCUUUUUAUACUAUUUGACAGUAUGUCGCACACGUUGCGCAAGACGCUAUUUCAAAGCAUCCUUAUUUUUUCUUUCAUCAUUUUUUUUCGAAAAAUAUGAUGAAAUGAAAGUGGUCGCUUGAGGAAAAGUAAAAAAAAACCGAGCGACUCCAACAUGUGGGUGUGGAUGUGGCUGAGGCUGUGCUUGGCUGUUGGUGAAUGGGGAUGUUGCGAACAAAAACCCACACCCACACUCACACUCAUCAUCUACGCAAUUGGAGACUUCAAUGCAAAAGUGGAAGACGAACGCAUUGGCAAUACUGUAGAACCUUUUGGUCUAAGAAACAAGAACGAUCGAGGAAAUAAUCUGAUAGCCUGGUGCCCAUCACAUGAUCUUGUCAUUACGAACACAUGGUUCAAAAAUCACCCACGUAGAUUAAAAACAUGGCGAAGCCCCGGAGGGGUGUGGGUGUGGGUGGGUGUGGGUGUGGGUGUGGGUGUGGGUGUGGAUGUGGGUGUGGGGGGGUGGGGGUGUGGGGGUGGGUGGGGGGGGGGGUGUGGGGCUGGGCGGGGGGGGCGCGGGCUCGGGCCGG